AGAAUUCAGGUGAAGGUAAAACCUGCAUUUAAUCCAUUUUGCGUCUCCGCCUUACGGCGUUUCCCAAAGUGCGUCUUCCGCGCUUUAAAAGACACAAAGCGGGAGUUCCUCAUAACUGCUGAAGAGAGAGAGGGGGGGAGGGGGAGGGAGAGAGAGAGAGAGAGAGAGACACACACACACACACACAAACACACAUGUAGAAUGGAUGUGAGACUGAUAAAGUUAAAAGAGGCUUAAGCGGGUACAGAGAGGUCGAAAGGCUGCCGGAAAAGAUGACGACGGGGAUAAUUCAUGACCAGAACCUGGAGAAGCAGAUAGAGAAACACAUGGGGUGCAUGGCUGGAUUCCUUCAGAUCUUUGACCGCCACCAGAUUUUGACCGGAAAACGCCUUUACUCCGCCAAACGCCUCCCUCCCUCAUCGAAAAUGGAUUCGACGGAAGAGCAGGAGAAGCCUCUCGGAUCUCCGGGCUACACGACACUAUCAGAAAUGGAAACGCCGAACAGGACGUUGUUGCCUUCUCCGGAUCGUUUGAAACAAUCUCCGGUGAUGGAGCUGCGAUCUCCGGUGACGGAAGGUGCUACUCCGGCAGAGGUUCCGGCAACGUCGCCUCUUCCUCUGUCGGUUUUCGAGUUCAAAGAAGGGACGAGGUCGGCGUGGAAGUUCAAAGAAGCUCCGCGGCUCUCUCUAGACAGCAGAGCAACUGUGGAUGCGAGGGGAAGUCUUCACCCGAGGCAGAUCCGUACGAACGCGGCGAUUUUAUCAUCGAAUCAGCGCGAGAACUCUGUGGAUGGAGCAGCUAAUGAUGAUAGCGAGAAGCAGCGGCGGUCGCCGAGUGUCAUUGCACGGCUGAUGGGACUGGAGGUGUUGCCGAACUCCAGUCCCGAACCCGUGAAGAAAGCUGAGCUGCGAAGAUCGGCUUCGGAGUCCAGAGUUUCAAGGGAUCUGUUUCAGUAUCGGUUCAUUGAUGGGAACAACUUUCAGUUAAAACAGCCACAGCUAUCGAAUAUGGGAACCAAUGUUUCGACUAAUGUGAUAAGAAGAGACAAUGUGGCUAUUGAAGACCGCACUUCGAAGGCCAGACCUCGAGAUUCAGGGGCGUAUUCACCCAGAAGUGCGAAAUCUGACCCGGCUAAGGCUCUGCACCGUGGCAUUUGUGUUUCACCAUGGAAAUCGCCUCAGCAGCGGAAGAGCUUCUUUGAGACAGAGGAUUUCUUUCCGGGACCAAGGCCCACGGUGUCUGUCUAUGGGGAAAUCGAGCGGAGGUUGAAGAUGAGAGGAAUUGAUGAGCCGUCCCAAGAUUUGGAGACGCUGAGGCAAAUCCUGGAGGCUCUGCAACUCAAAGGCCUGCUGCAUUCUAAGAAACCUCCGGACCAAAUCAACCGCAGAAACUUCGUUUAUGAUGAGAAUUUCUCACCAGACGAAUCUCCGAUCGUUGUCAUGAAGCCAUCGAGAUCACCGGUCUCGAUCAAUCCUCAGCGAAGAGGCGUAAACGACACUCCUCCUGGCUUCAGAUCGAAACCAGUACCUCGCCAAAAUCUCAAUCACGGAGAAAGCGUGCACACAGUGAGUCGUUCGCGAGAACGAUCGGAGAUAGCAGAUCGAAAUCUACGGAACCAAUCGCGAGCUAGAAAUUCCAAUUCGCCUACUCCAAGUGAUAAUACCAGAAGCACAAAUUCAUUGUCAAAAAGAAAGCCGUUGAAUGUGGAAACGCAAAGGAAAACGAAUGAUGCAAUAGAGCAGCGAAGAGUCUCUCCCAUUCAUUCCCCCAAGCUGAGUUCGAAGAGAGCUGUAUCAUAUCAGACGAUCAGCCGAUCGCCGAGGAACAGAAAACCGAUGACUGAGGUUUAUCCGACCGAGAAGAUCCCCGUUUCAGCAGAGGAUGAAUCGUCGUCCAUUUCUGAAAGCAGUAUCAGCACCUCUUCACCCACUGAUACAGAGGCAAGUGAGAUUGUGUUGCAGAAAUCGAAGGUUGAAGAUUACAGAGAAGGGAGGAGUCUGUUGGAGAGGUGUGACAAGCUGCUUCACAGCAUAGCCGAGAUCACAGCGACCGAGUUGCAGCCCAGUCCCGUCUCGGUGCUCGACUCGUCCUUCUACAAGGAUGAGUCCUCUCCCUCCCCAGUCAUGAAGCGAUGCAUAGACUGCAAGGAUCUACAGGGCGAACUGGAGGAUGAAAACUGGAACCCGGCAAUCUCCCCCGUGCAACCGGAGGAAGAAUCCGACAACUGUGAUUUCGUGUACAUCUCGGACAUCCUUCGAGUUUCCAACUGCCUCCCGGAAGACUCGGACUUCUUUCUCUUACUGGAGAAGCAACAAUCUCUCAAAGGCAAGGACACCUCCAAGGAUUCGAGACUUCAGAGGCGGCUGAUUUUCGAUACCAUCAAUGAAAUUCUCGACCGGAAGAAGCAAUUGCCGCCUUGGAAGGCGGUUUCUCAUGCGGGUCUGGCCACCGGAAAGCCGACGUUGCAGCAAAUUUGGCUAGAGUUUCAGAGAAUUCGCGACGUCGAUCCGUCGGAAGACGUGUUCGAGGUCAUAUGUGGUGUUCUAAGGAAGGAUUUGGCCGGAGACGCCGCCGACGGAUGGGACGAUUGCCCUGUGGAGAUGUCGGAAUCUGUGCUGGACAUCGAACGGCAGAUAUUCAAGGAUCUGAUUAGCGAGACAAUCCAAGUCGUAGCAUCUAUUCCUGGAAAAAUCAACGUCGCGGCACCACCUCGCAGGAGAUUGAAUUUCUGAAAGGAAUGGCGAAAAAAAUUGGAUAGUUAAUUGUUUUUGACGCGCUUUUUUUUUUUUUACCUGGGUGGCUACAUUAUUUGGAAAAUUUCCCUUUUCUGUGUUAGUAAAUUGGCAAAUUAUAUAAUUCUCCAUUCACCUGAAAACCAGGCAAAUCUCGAGGUCGCUUUUCCGAUACGUAGAACUAAAAAUGAAGAGAAGCCGGGGGGAAUCCGUUCCACAGUGGAAAAUCACGUGGAGGGCAUGUGAGGGGAAAGAGAGAUUUAGCCAAACUUUCAAAAGGGCGAUGAUUUUAGCAAUAAAGCAUAGUUUAAUUUUUCGAGUGAUUGUAAUCAUUCCAGAGGGGUGUGCUCUGAAUAUUAUAUUAUAUCGGUUAAUGGGUUUUA